GAUUUUUGUGUUGGUCUAAUUGAUAAGCCACCCACUCACUCAGCGUCAACAACCUAUAGAGUUUCUCUUUCAAAUUCGCAGCCCAAAACCAAAAAAGUUACACUUUGGGUCUCUCUGUUUCCGAACAUAUAUUCACGAUCAGCGUCGUUUCCACACAUAAAGCAAUAAAAGAAAGCACUUUAACUAUGAUCAUUGUUCCAUUAAUUCCUUCCACUAUUAACCUCUUGAGAAGAAAAAAUAAAAAGCCACCUUCACCAUCGUCGUUCAUAUUCAAAACCCAUUAAAAGAUUUUUGUAGCCAUGUUAUUAUUCUGAAACUAAUCAAAAACCAACAACGACGACGACCCAAGUGGGCAUUUCGUCUAUUCGUGCUUUUUGGUCAACUGGGUCGGUUCCCAGAUGGAUUUUCUGCGGCCUAGUGAGACCCGUUUGGUCGGAGACUAUAUAAUGGGUCCGAGAAUCGGGUCGGGUUCAUUCGCCGUGGUGUGGCGAUCAAGGCAUCGGCAAUCGGGUCACGAAGUUGCCGUUAAGGAGAUUGCUAAGAAACAACUGAGCCCAAAAAUCAGUGAGAGUUUGCUCAAAGAAAUAUCUAUUCUCAGAACUAUUGAUCAUCCAAAUAUUAUUCGUCUUUUGGAGGCCAUCGAGACUGAUGAAAAGAUUUACCUUGUUUUGGAGUACUGUGAUGGUGGUGACCUUUCUGGUUAUAUCAAUCGCCAUGGGAGAGUUUCGGAAGCUGUGGCUAGGCACUUUAUGAGACAAUUGGCUGCAGGAUUGCAAGUGCUUCAAGAAAAGCACCUCAUUCACAGAGAUUUAAAACCACAGAACUUACUCCUGUCAACUCAUGAAUCCAUUCCACUAUUGAAGAUAGGGGAUUUUGGUUUUGCAAGAUCCCUCAUGCCUCAAGGUUUGGCUGACACACUGUGUGGUUCACCCUUAUACAUGGCUCCGGAGAUUAUAAAGAACCAAAAAUAUGAUGCAAAGGCUGACUUAUGGAGUGUUGGGGCAAUUCUCUUUCAGUUGGUGACUGGGAGGCCACCAUUUGAUGGCAACAGUCAAUUGCAGCUUUUUGAGAAUAUCAUAACAUCCACUGAGCUGCAGUUUCCUGCUGGUUCUCUGGAAGUGUUGCAUCCAGACUGUGUAAAUCUUUGCAGAUGCCUAUUGCGCCAAAACCCAGUUGAGCGACUAACAUUCAAGGAAUUUUUCAGUCACAAGUUCCUCAGGGAGCCAAGGCCAAUGCUUGAUGUUAGGCAGUCUCCUUUAGUACUGCCUAUGGAAAUAAUUGUUGAGCCGUCCAAUUCUUCUGCCUCUGGGAAGAGGUCAGAAUUGCCUGCUGUUCUUCCUGUGGACUUGUGUAGUGCAAAUUCAAGUUCAAAAUUUUUAAUUGGACACGAAAAUAUAAUUUUGCAAAGAAAGGAAGGUGAAGGUACAUCAAGCAAUGUUCACGGGCUUAUGCCAAAUAUUGCAAGUAAUGAAAGAAGGAAAUAUAUUGAUCAAGAUCUACAAUCAUCUUAUCAACUUCAAGUUUCUGAUUCCAUGGAGUCCAUCGAGAAAGAUUAUGUCCUUGUCAAUCCUCAUUUUGCUUCAUCAGAAUCCAUCUCUUGUUAUCUGGAAAUGUCACAACUGUCUAACUGCAAAACUGGAGUGUCUACCUAUACUCAAAAGCAGAAUGAACAGGCAAGACCAAUUAUACAAGCAGAGGAGCUGGCUGACAGUUCUAUUGGUGGUGUAGAGAGCUCACCGAAGCAUGGACCAGAUCUAUUGCCAACAUCAAUACCUUUAUCUUUAUUGAGGGAAGUGCAAGGACUGUCUAUACUUCACCCUUCCACUAGGCUCCAGUUGUUGCAUCAGUAUGUUGAAGUUCUUAGUGAACUUUCACAAGAAAAGUAUGAUACGGCGCUCUAUCUGGAGGCCUUCUCAAUUGAGUUGGUUAUUUUGGCUCUAUGGAAAAAAGUGCUUCAAAUUUGCAGCAGUUGGCUGGCUUCUUCUGAGAAUGAAGCAUCUGGAAGCAGUAUAGCCAACGAGCCAAAACUUGAUCAGGAAGAUGCAGCUUUACCAUCAAACACUGAAGGAAACCUUGAUUUUAGCCAGCCUUCAUGUGUUUCCAUGUGGGCAGAAAAAUCAUUUCUUGUUGCUUUUAAUCGUGCUGAGAAGUUAUCGAAUCAUGUCCGUAGUAAUAUAGACGGUACCGCUGACAUGCCAGAUGCAAUGGAAAUAAUAUUUCGAAAGGCACUAGCAUUUGGUACCAACGGUGCUGUGGACGAGUUUGAGAACAAAAGUACUGCAGCAGAGAAUUAUUCAAAAGCUCUACUUCUGCUUUCCUUUAUCGCAGGAGAAGCAGCAAUGCUGCCUCUAAAGCCUCCGUUUUCUUUAACUCCUGCGGGCAAGAAGCGAAUCCAACAAUACAUUUUGAACUUGCAUUCUCGGAAGACUAACUUUCUAAAGGCGCAGCCUUCUCUUAAAGAAUUUCUUGACUCUCAUAAAAAGUAAAUAUAACUGGUUUGUACAGCUAUUCUUGGAGGUCCAUCUUUUGUUGAGGCAGAUUACUAGUGUUGGCCGUUGAGCCAGUAAAUCAGCCGCAGCUGCAGCAGGCAGUUUUUAAGUCUCUGACAUGGAUUUACUCUUCUAACUUUUGUUUGGUACGAUAGAUAAGUAAAUACUAGAUUGUUGACACUAUGGAACAAGGUACUACUUAUUCCUGUCUAUGUAUGUGUAAAUGAACUGUCUAUUCUUUAUUUGGGCAAGAAAUUGUACAUACGAACAGAAAUUGUUACGUGUAUAACUGGUCAAUACAACAAAUCUGAUGAAUUUCUCUUUGAAUUUA